GAGUGGGUUACCGCGUCACAUAAAACCCUAGCACAAGCAGCGAUCCUCCUCUCGCGCACACGCAGCGAUUCCUCCCUCUCGCGGCGAUCCUCCCUCUCGCGCAGACGCAGCGUUCCUCCAUCUCGCGGCGAUCCUCCCUCUCGAGGCGAUCUAGCGGCUUUCCCCCUCGCGAAGAACCCUAGCGGCUUCCCCCCUCGAAAGACGUCCCAUUCGCGAACAUCCCCACUCGCCUUCUUGGAAAAGUAUUAUGGGGUAAAGCUCACGAAUAUUGGCAGAGGGUGGAGAGCAAGAGUGUAGAGCUUGUGAAUGGGUGGGAAAUAAUUCUAGCUAAGUGUACUGCAGUGAUGGGGCGAGCGAAGAAAGGUCCUAAGUUUGCAGUCACAAAGAGGCUUAUCGGUCCUAAAACCCUCAGGAAAUACAAGGAAGAGGUGUUGAAUCCUAAAAAGAAGGAUCUUGAAAAGGAGAAACUUCCUCGCAAUGUGCCGGGUGUUUCCUCUGCAUUGGUCUUCACAUACAAUGCUGCUAUUUGCCCACCUUACAGGGUUAUUGUGGACACCAAUUUCAUUAACUUCUCUAUCCAAAAUAAGUUGGAUUUGGAGAAAGGCAUGAUGGAUUGCCUCUAUGCUAAAUGCACUCCAUGCAUCACAGAUUGUGUUAUGGCUGAGCUUGAAAAGUUGGGACAGAAGUAUCGUGUGGCUUUAAGGAUUGCCAAAGAUCCUAGAUUUGAUAGGUUACCAUGUACACAUAAAGGGACUUAUGCUGAUGAUUGCAUCGUUGACAGGGUUACUCAGCACAAAUGCUAUAUUGUUGCAACAUGCGAUAGAGACUUGAAGCGAAGGAUACGCAAGAUUCCCGGAGUGCCUAUCAUGUACAUUACCAGACACAGGUAUUCGAUAGAGAAACUACCUGAAGCAACUAUUGGCGGAGCGCCGCGGUAUUGAACAACUUCUUUCAGUACAUGGGGCUUCUUCCUGAGUCAGAUAAUUUUAUGCAUUGGCCAUUACGAAUAAACAGAGCCAACCUGUGGGUCUUUGGGUUGUUUGUAGCUAGUAAAGCCUUGAAGGCGUUCAUGUAUCAACUUAUAGUUAAUCGAAAUGUCUGACACUAAGCUAUGCGGAGAUUAGGAAAAACAAUGGUGAUUACCACUGAAACUGAACUAAGCUUAUUAAUUAUGUGGGUUAUGAUUAUGAAAGUGUUUCAGAAUUGGAUUGAA